CGCCGAGUCCGUUGUAGCGGAGCAGCCUGCUUUCAGGGGCGGUUGUAACCAAAACAGGGAGAACGAGAGACAGAGAGAGAGAGAGAGAGGGAGAGGGGGGGAGAGAGAGGUAGACAGCAAGACUCCAGUCAGUGCCUGGUUCAAGCCCUGCUGCAUCUGCCCGCCUCCUCCGCUUCCUGGCCCUGCUAUGACCCUUUUUAAAAGUGAGCACCGCAGCCCCAGACAUAUUAGCAUGACCGGAGAGCUGAAGUCAAGCCGCCCAAAGACCGGACCCAAGAGGCCAAGCAGCAUGGCACAUGGAUCUGACUACGACCUGGAUUACGACUGCUACCAGCACGACUUCUAUGACAGAGUGUAUGACUACCAGCGUGUGCCAGCUCCACUGCCCCAAGUCCCACACGGGUCCAGCCCAGCCAAGCGACCCCGCUCCUCCUCCAGCCUGCACCGCAGCCGGGACAGACUGCCCUCCAAGAGCAGGUCAAGGCCCAGCUCUUCCAGGUCCAGCAGGGCCAAGUUGAAGAUGGAGGAGCUUCAGACCAUAAAACGGGAACUGACUCUCAUCAAGGUGCAGAUUGACGGCCUGCUGGACAGUCUGGACAGAAUGGACCGACAGCAGCGGGACCCAACAGGGUCUCCCCCAACUCGGGACGGCAGCCUGUCGGCGUCCCCAUACCACGGCCCAGCCAGCAGUCCCGAGCGCUCGCCCAGCAGCCACAGCCCCCGGCGCCGCCCCCGGAGAGAGAGCCCCGAGCUGGGGGAGGCUAGCGAUGACGACAGCCACCGCCUGAUGAACCCCCACAGCUCUGACCUGGAGGACGACAUGUGAAGGGGCCACAGCUGAGACUUAACCGGAGCCCGGUGACGGAGCAAGAGGAGGGGCCGCUAUACAUGGAAGGGGGGUGGCCUUCGCCGGUCCAGCGGUUACCAUGGAAACACUCAUCCCGAGGACUACCAGUUUCAUACUCACAGGACUCGAGCUGCAUCAAUGUCCAUCUCGAAAGCCCCGACACCGUUUCCUUCAAACGCUCACGCCCGCCCCGAUGUUUGCUCGUCGCCGCUCGCACACGCAGGGCCGCCCGGCUGCCUUCCCGCCAUCUCCGCUUCCUUCCAGCACAUCUCCGUAGCUGCCGUCAUUUUGUCUUUUUAGCUGGGUUUGCCGCUGUAUCCCACCCGCAAAAAUCCUCUCUCACUGACACGCCAAUUAAAGCUUAUCUUGAGGAACGAGGUUCACAUCUUCGGCGGAGCCGCUCUGCUGGGAUUAACACACGGGACACGAGCAGAAACUGAUUU